CGUUGCUGGUAGUUAUGGCUUGUAUACACUUUGAAGGCCACCCGACCAUCUCCAUGGAAAAGUUACAAGUCAUUCGCAUCGGGAGCAAUAAGCUCACCAAUUUAGAUGUCUGCCUAGACGACGAGUCUGUAGCCCAGUUCCAUGCAACCAUCACUUACACCUACAAGACUGUCUACCUUGUGAAUGAGACCGAUGAUGGGAAGGUCCUUGUAAAUGACCAGCCGGUUGAGAGCGUAACCACCGUUACCUACAAAGACGCCAUCGAUGGGUCCGUGAAGCUGCAAUUCGGCAAUGUGGAGGCAAAGCUAUGCUUUCUUUCCGAGUCGUCCGACGAACCGAGCCCUUAGGACGAAAGUAUUGGCGCUAGAGCUCCAUAAUACUCUAUACCUAAGUUUUUGAAUUCUUCCCCAAAAGAUAAAAAAGAUACAGAUUGUGCGGCUAUAGAACGACAACAAGCAAAUGCGAAGCAUACACAAAAUUUCAAUAAACAAUUCGAUAUUUUAAUAAUUUAAGGAGCAUUUCAUAGAGUAGUUUGAGGAAAAUUAUCUCCUGCUCGAAGAAUCUACUAAAAUUGCAAAAUGUUCAAGUCCUGCUCCUCUUGAGCUAAUUAGCUGUGGCCUUCUUUUCGGAAAGACGUCGAUACAAGUUUGGACUCCAUUUAAUUGCGUUUGUUUUUCAUUCUUUGGCUGCCUACAGGUCAAAGACCUUU